GCGCGAUCCAGGCGAGGUCAUUCCCCUUGGGAAAACGCCGGUGGAAGUGCUGCCGAGGUGUAGGUCAGCGCUCGGGCUGUCAGCCCGCCGGGGCCCGGGGGAAGAGCGCGGGGUCGGGAGGGGACAGCUCCAGAGCGAAAGGGGUCGUGAGGAGAGGCCGGACAGGAUCGUGCUCUCACUGGGAGGAAGGUUGGGAACAUAUAGAUCUGGGAAUCUGGCUCGUGCCUACGUAUGGAGCCAGAAGGAAUCAGACUCUAAUCUUGCUGCACAACCUGAAGCGGACGUGGAGCCCUCAGAUGACUGCGCCAAAACCAAAGACGCCGUGUUUGCCUUUCCCUUCCUUUUCCAUCAUCGAGAACCUUCAUCCCCAAACUCUGACAGCAAAGAUCAGUGUGCACCGUGUUUUAUAGAAGAAGCAUAUCCUUCAGAAAUGGACAAGAUUUAUGUAGACCCUAACAUGGAAAAUGAUAAUACGGAGCACAUCAGAGGGAAGCGACUGUCCUCUGUGAGUAACUUAGGGCGUUUCUCAAAAGAAAAGAGUAUUCUAAAGGCUCCGCGAAAUCCUCUUGAUGAUCUGGGAAAUGGGAACGAAUUGACACAGGAUAUCAACAUAGAAAAACGUAGGAAAAGCUCUCGCCGUGUCAGCUUUGCGAACACCAUAAACUGCAGAGUCUUCCAGCGAGAUCUUAAGAAUAACACGGCAGAGGGAGAAAGUACAGGGAUGAACACUUUGCUUCACGCCCCUAUCCAGGCAGUGGUGCAGCAGACUGAGUGGCGUGAUGCGGACAGCACCAUUCAAAGAACAAAUAGGCAUGAUGCCACCGUCAUCUUUUCCGAUGAAAAUGAAAUGGAUAUGACAGCUAGCCACACUGCAGUGAUCACACGUAACCUGAGAAACAACCAGGCUGAGGAAACCGAGAAGAUAGAUAUCACGUCGUUUCUGGCUGGGUUAAACUCUAGCAGUGGAAAGGCAGAAACGAGCAAAGAAUUUCGUUUUUUCUCUGACCCUACAAACCAUUCGUGCCCGUCUUUUGAACAGGAGCAAGAUGCUACUACUGUAAAAAAAAUAAAUUUCAAUGAAUUUUUGAUGAGCUUGAAGUCAAACAAAAAGGCACUCAGUCCUACUGAGGGACCUGAAAAAGAGAAUGUGUUUUUUGACCCUUCACAAGUCUCAGGAGACAUGGCGCGAGCGCCGGUGGAGUUUGCGUAUUCCCAUGAGCCACUGGACGCCUGCAAUGUAACAAAAGUCUUUGGAGGGCAAGAGGAUGGAAUGGAAAUGACCAGAUGCCAGGCACCUGACGGCACAGCCGUGUUUCCUGGAAAUGUUGAAGACAGACGAGAUCCUACAGCACUGCGAGCAGUUAAACAAGAGGCCAGAACAAUGUCUGUCAUCCCAGGAGCCAUUUCAUCUGCGACUGUCUUCCGAGGUGAUAAAAGUGGUGUUUUUUCUAAAUGUGAUGACAUGGAAAUCACUGGAAAUUAUACGGAUGUAAUCUACAGCGACAGCGCCGAAGACAUGAGCAGUUCACAUCGCAAACCUUUUGAAGAGCCACUUACUACAAACGCUUUGCUAGCAGAAAACAGGCCUCCAGCAUGUGGUGACAGGGACAUUACGAAGAAUCUAACGUCUUUAGACAAUCGAGCUUCUGUCUCCUGCAAAAACAGUGCGCUUGAACCGUCUUCGGGCUCAGACGAACCAACCAAAGAAGUGACCCACGACCACAGCACUCCUUCAGGGAAUGCUGGUUUUGGUUCAUGCACAAAUUCAGCGUCUACUGGUGUUUCUAAGAGCAGACUUCAGCACAGGCUAGCAAACUCUCAACUUGUUUCUCUGCCAGGUGAGAAGACAGUAAUAUUCUCAGGAGAAGAUAUGGACUUGACUAGAACCUGUGUUGUCAAGGAUGACGGAAAGAAUGUUGACAAUGAAUCUCCUGCUGGAGUGUUCACCUCUGUCACUUGCAAACCUCAUUUUCUUGAUAACAGAUCCACAUCUCCCAAUUUAAAUGAGCAGGAGGAAAUGGAAAUAACCAAAUGCCACGCUGUUGUCAUUGAUGAUCAAAGCAAUGGGAUAACUGCAGAAGCAAAACACAUGCCUUGUAAAAUAAUUCCAAGAAAGAGGCAGAACAAAAACGUUGGUGAAGGUGCAAGUUCUUUAGAUAUGGACAAGGAAAACCUUGAGGUGAUCAGUAUCGAUGGGACUAUUAAAAGAAGCCAGGCUAUGGAAAUGAACGCUACAGAUGGUGAGAUGAUAAUGGUUGAUAAGAAGCUUGGAAAAACAAACUUUCAGGCAAGUGGUCCGAGUUCCUGUGCAAAGAGCAUGCGUUCAUUACAAGAGCAAAAGAGAGAAGUCUCUGAGAAUAUUGUCCCUGACACCGGUGCAUUCGUGUCUUUGCAAAGUCAAAAAGUUGUUACAUCUCAACCUCUGGGAAAAAAACUUCUAAACGCUUCAGUUUCCUGCACAAGCGACAAAACAGGCAGGUUUUCAGGUGAUGGAAACAUGGACAUGACCAAAACUCAUCCUGCUGCCUUUGAUGUUGCUCCUGUUAGGACAGUACCAGAAUAUGAGAGUCAUCACAACCAACAUAACGUAAUACCCAAGCAGCUGCAAAACCAGUCCUUCCGUUUUCCUGGUAGUGCUGGUGUAGAUGUCAGUCAGGGUGCAGUGAUCGAAUGUGGGGAUUUGAGAAUGAACGCAGACAAGCAAACUGUUACUCCUUUGCCCCCAAAUGGUUCAUUUAUUUCCAGUAAUGAGCCUGUUCCCUCUGGAACGAAAGGAAAUGACCAGCUUGGAACAAUAUUAGGAAUGAAAGCAGAUUGCCAAAACUCAGACAGGCAAGAGAAUACCCGUCCUAUGAAGGUAGUAACCAAAGUAUUGUCAACUCGAGUAGAUUCCGAGGGAGACUCUUGCAUUGGUAGAACAGCUUCUGCAGAAGAGGACCUGGAAAAUCCUGAGGCAGUUGAUGGGCUGCGCUCGAGGCGUGCGGAAGAGCCAUUACGAGCCAGUGUGUCUGAACCACGGAAGGGAAGUUCCCAGUUGCCUUCGUUUUUAGAAAAAUCUGUUGUGUUUCCCUCUGGUGAAAACAUGGACUUGACUGGAAACUGUGCGGCGGUGGUUCCUGAUGACAACAGCAGUGCUGGUUUGUCAGCAAGACAAGGAUAUUCCUUGGUACCUGGCAAGAAAACGUUAGCCAUGGCUGGUUUAAAACAUUCACCUUUUGCAGAUGAGAAAACUACCAUAUUUUCAGAAGAUGCUGAUAUGGACAUCACCAGGAGUCAUACAGUUUCAGCAGACAACAAAAUAAUUUUGCAGCCUAAAAGUCCCAACGAUGACAUAUCCUUGAUUUCUGGAGAUAAAACUUGUGUUUUUACUUACAAUAAUGACAUGGAAAUAAGCAGACUGGAUCCCGUUGCAAUUGAUAAAUCCAUGGAAAAGGCUGCAUCUCAAGGGAUGCUUAACGUAGCUAAAAGGACUGGAAGGAAAAGCUUGAAGGGAGCAACAGGGGAAAAGACUCUUUUAUUUUCACCGAACGAUGAGAAUAAUGACAUGGAGAUCACAGAGAGCCACACGGCUGCCAUCGGCCAUGAAAUUGUCUCGCAAAAUGAGGAAUGGCUUCGUUCCGUCUCUUCAGCUCAUCCUGUUGGACCUGUUCUGUUCCCAAGUAGCCAGGCUGCCAUGGACGUGACCAAGUCUUGCUCUGCUGAUAGAAUUGCUGUCCAAGUUGCGUGUGAUGAUAAACCAAACUUGGAUAUGGAGGUUGGACAGCAAGGGGUUCCAAACAGAGAAGCGACCAGGUUUGCCAUGGAUGAUAUGGAGAUCACUAAAACUCAUCACGUAGCUUUGGAAGAAAGUUCUCUGCGAGGUGGGCACCCCAAACAGUCUGUUCCUUCAGCCUCCACCAUUAUGUCUGCAAGUGAGCAGGCUGACCCGGCCAUGGCUGCGCCCCGCUCUGUUGGCGAAAGCGCGGACGGAGUCUUCCGCAAGGACAGAACACGCCUGGCGAGGCAGGUGGGACAGGGACCCGUUUCACCUAACAAAACUGUCAUUUUUGCCUCAGCCGAGGAGAUGGAGAUCACUAGAGCCCACGCAGCUGUAUUGAGUGGGGACAUGGAUGUACAGGGCAGAGAGCCCGUCCCAGCCAUUUCUGCAGGUCCUGCCGAUAAAACCGUUGUGUUUUCCCACGACCAAGACGAUAUGGAAAUAACUGCGUCUCAUACUGUUGCUGUUAAUAACAAUGUCAGUGGAUUUGAGAACCAAGAAGUGCCACAGAAAAGCACUCAGCAACCAGACUGCUUGUCUUCUUGCAGAGGUGAAACAGAUUCCCUGCAUACAGAACACCCGAAUGGUGAACGUCACACCAAAUCUAAGGAUAAGCCCAGCGUUCCCUGUUCUGCUUCAUCAGCCUCAGCCUUUCCUAGUGACAAAGGAGCUCUCCAAGUCCUCAAUGGCACACCACCAGAUUCCAUUUAUUCUGUCUCACUUCCAGAAAAGACUACGGGUGUGCAGGCACCACAGGAUCUUGACCUUCCCACAGGUAAUUCUGUCCCUGUAAACAGUCAGCAGGAUCUCAGCCAGCCAGAAAAACAGAAAUCAAAGAGAGUCUCUUUCAAGCUUCCAAGUAACAGGACUAGGGAUUGCAGUGAAGAAAGUGGCCAUUUGGUGUCCUGUGUUUCACUUCCCAUCCAGCAACCAGAUUCUUUGACGGGAUCUCCGGAUGCACGUAGUACUCAGGGAAACCAGGUAUUGAAAGAUGAUUUAUCUAGACAUGAACAUUUAGUUACAGAUUCAGGCUUGGCUGGCACAAGCCUUGUUCCAGUUUCUAACAAGGAAUCAAAGGAAAAUGAGGGGCUGUCAGCGGAAGAGGAGACACCUCCAAAAGACUUUCAAAUAAACUCUGAACAAACUAAGCAGCUUUUGGUCGGUGGCAGUCCAAGAGAUCAAGUAGAUCCCACUCUUGCACCUGAAUUAUCAGGUAUUUUAAACAUUUGUUCAAAACUGGAAAACAUUAGAAGGAAAUCUGCAGUUUUCUCCGUUUCUGAAACGGCUUUUUCCGAUCAGUUGUGCAAAUCACCACCUCAGUCAGAGGAUAUCUUGAGGUUAGGAAAAAAUACUGUAAAUGCACCAAAUAAUGCAUUUUCUACCAAAGGGCAAGAGAGCACGUGUCUCGAAUCUGGAGCUGCUCCCAUAGAUGCAAAUUUAGGCAUAGCACUUAAGGAUAAAUUUCAAGGAAUAAAUGUCCCUCUAGGUAUCUUCCAGCCUAAAUUACCAAGCAGAAGAAACCCUUCUGUUUCUGGUGUACAAGACAUAAAUGCCAAACCUUCAGACAAAGGAGAAGCACCAGUUUCAAAAGUAAGUGUAAACGCUGGUGAAACCCCAGCUAACAAGAAGUCUUGUUGGCAGAACUUCAGCCCUUCUCAGUUUAUAGCAGAAGAAUUUCUUCCUGUCUGCCUAGAAGAAAUGGAUUCAAAUGAAUCCGUAAGCUCUGAGCUCAUGGAAGAUGCUUGCCAUGAGAUAAGCAAAAACCAAAUCUCCCACAGUGAAAAGAAUCAAUUUGAAGAGACACAAACUUGCAACAGCACAAAAAGAACUUUGGAGCAAGCUGAGGAGGAUCUUCAAAGUCCAAAGAAGGUCAAGAGAGAUGAAAACUUGGAUGGUGAGGCCUCUGGAGACUUGCAGGUUACUUUUGGUGCUGUGUCUCAAAGCCAAGGAGAAGAUCAUGAAGGUGAAGAUCCUCCAAACCUAUCAGCUAAAAGCCCUGACUGUACUCCUGCCAGCACCAGCAGCUCUCUGGAUUCUGUUAAGGCUGACACAGAAUUAACCAUUCAGCGGAGCAGUCAGAUGGAGUCUCAGCUUCUCACAGACAGCAUUUGUGAAGACAACUUACGGGAGAAAUUUCAGGAUGGCGUUAUCACAGUUGGGGAAUUUUUUACGCUUCUUCAAGUCCACGUUCCGAUUCAGAAGCCCCGGCAUAGCCACCUUCCAGCCAAUUGUGCAGCCAGUGCACCACCUACUGCAGAAGAGCUCCUUUACAGCCAGUACAUUUACCGGCCCAAGCUGCGUAUUUACGAAGAGGACUGCCAGGCCCUGUCUCAGAUGAUAGAGGAGUUAAAACCUUAUGCAGAUGUCCAGGAUCAACUGCUGGUGAAUGUGAAUAAGAGUUUGUGGGAG